AUGCUUAACGUCGAGAUUGCACCUGACUUAUUCCCGUCUUUCUUUGCAGUUCUUUCUCCCAACUCGCCCAGCAUGCCACCAAAUACACAGCUUCAAUCUGUGGCGGCUUUUACGCCGCAGCCUUCCUCCAUGACUGUCGUUCUCGGGUCCAGGAUCGAACCGUGGCUCACAGAAUCAUUAAGACGCAUCAAACCCAAUGAGCCGCUCAAUAGCGUUGCUGAGCAUCAAACAUGCCUUAGCAAAGUUUUGUCAUCGCCGAACACCAUCUGGAUCCUGGCAUCCCUGAUGCGAGAAGGCUCAAAGUCCGAAUCGGAUCCCGAGUUUUAUCUUGUUGAUAUCGAGGCAAAUAUUGUUCUUGUCGAUAUCCCAUGCGAUGAGGUUGUGUUCAAGCUGACUUCGAACACAACAGACGCCCUGAUCAAGUACUAUCAGGACGUCUAUUGUGUUGACGCCGAGGAGAAAGAACAGCACAAGAGGCUGCGCGAGGAUUUUAUUGAAGCUAUCAACCGUUACACUUUCCGCAUGCCUGCUGUUGUGCUUGAUGGGUUGGAAAAGGAUAGUGCGGGCGAGCCACUUUGUGGGCAAAGCCGAAAUGUCAAAACCAGGAUUUUGAAUCUUAUGGAACGCCUGUCACCCUCGCCCUCUAAAGAGGUCGAGCCCAUUUCGGAAUCGCCCUCACUCUCCACAGCCGCAUCUUCUGCUGAUUUAUAUCCCAAGCCUCCCAUUAACAAGGUGGUCGGGUGGCAACCUGAUUUGGAUCCAACUCAAGCCCUCUCCCCAUCCCAAGUCAAUUGCGACCCUUUUUCGAUAUCAUUCUACGGAGUUCCACCAAUCUCUGCCUUCCCACCAAUACCAAGUCAGCCGGCUUCUACUGCUUCUGACUUCGGUCAUAUUCCUGCUGCUCCGGAAUACGAAUCAGCUCCAGAUUCAACGCAUUUGGAUCCGACGCCAAGAGGAGUAAGCGAAUCUCCUCAUCAUUCUCGUCUGUUUGCAGCUCCGACAUGCAAUCUGGGAGGCCAACCUUGGCUAGCAGAUCGGUUUGCUGAGUCUACUCGCCAUGAUGGCUUUGUCAGAGACAGAUUUGCUGGAGAUCAUCACAUAUCCGGUCGCCAAUCGGGCAUUUCCGUUCACAGUCAUAGCGAGAGCUUCAACAACAGCCAUACUAGCAGCGGCAUUGACGGCUUCUCCAGUAGAGGGAUCCCUAGAGCCAUUGGGAAUCAGAGGACCUCGGUGUACAUGCAGCGGACGUCGCCUGGGCUAUCCAAGCUCUUUAAGAAAGUUCAAGACAUGGAACGGCGCCUUGCCAAGCUCGAAGCAUCAACUUCAUAUACCCGACACAAGCCGAACUGUCGACAUGAUUGGGGCUGUCCCUCACAGGUCGAAUGGGCUGCUUUAAAAUCGCGAAUUGUCCAUCUUGAGACGAAGAUCGGAAUAAAAACAAGAACUUGCAGCAGAACUCAACAGGGAAUGGACGUGGCCAGCAGGGCGAGUCGAAAGCGACGGAAGGUUGAGCAGCAACAGCCCGAUAGCCCAUCGGAGGACGAAAUAUCUGAUGAUUAUUAA